AUGGGACAAUACGCAAACCAUGUGACCAGGAUAAUGGAACCAUGUGCCCAGGAGAAUGGGACAAUACGCAAACCAUGUGACCAGGAGAAUGGGACAAUGCGCAAACCAUGUGACCAGGAUAAUUGGACAACGCGCAAACCAUGUGACCAGGAUAAUUGGACAACACGCAAACCAUGUGACCAGGAUAAUUGGACAACGCGCAAACCAUGUGACCAGGAGAAUGGGACAAUACGCAAACCAUGUGACCAGGAUAAUUGGACAACCCGCAAACCAUGUGACGAGGAGAAUGGGACAACACGCACACCAUGUAACCAGGAUAAUUGGACAACGCGCAAACCAUGUGACCAGGAGAAUGGGACAACACGCAAACCAUGUGACCAGGAUAAUUGGACAACACGCAAACCAUGUGACCAGGAUAAUUGGACAACGCGCAAACCAUGUGACCAGGAGAAUGGGACAAUACGCAAACCAUGUGACCAGGAUAAUUGGACAACGCGCAAACCAUGUGACGAGGAGAAUGGGACAACACGCACACCAUGUGACCAGGAUAAUUGUACAACGCGCAAACCAUGUGACCAGGAGAAUGGGACAAUACGCAAACCAUGUGACCAGGAUAAUUGGACAACGUGCAAACCAUGUGACCAGGAGAAUGGGAUAAUACGCAAACCAUGUGACCAGGAUAAUUGGACAACGCGCAAACCAUGUGACCAGGAGAAUGGGACAAUACGCAAACCAUGUGACCAGGAUAAUUGGACAACGCGCAACCAUGUUAAUGGGACAACACGCACACCAUGUGACCCGGAUAAUGGGACCACACGCACAACAUGUGACCAGGAUAAUGGGACAACACGCACACCAUGUGACCAGGAUAAUGGGACAAAAAGCAACCAUAUGACCAGGAUAAUGGGACAACACGCACAACAUGUGACCAGGAUAAUGGGACAAUACGCACACCAUGUAACCAGGAUAAUGGGACAAUACGCAAACCAUGUGACCAGGAUAAUGGAACCAUGUGCCCAGGAGAAUGGGACAAUACGCAAACCAUGUGACCAGGAGAAUGGGACAAUGCGCAAACCAUGUGACCAGGAUAAUUGGACAACGCGCAAACCAUGUGACCAGGAUAAUUGGACAACACGCAAACCAUGUGACCAGGAUAAUUGGACAACGCGCAAACCAUGUGACCAGGAGAAUGGGACAAUACGCAAACCAUGUGACCAGGAUAAUUGGACAACCCGCAAACCAUGUGACGAGGAGAAUGGGACAACACGCACACCAUGUAACCAGGAUAAUUGGACAACGCGCAAACCAUGUGACCAGGAGAAUGGGACAACACGCAAACCAUGUGACCAGGAUAAUUGGACAACACGCAAACCAUGUGACCAGGAUAAUGGGACAACGCGCAAACCAUGUGACCAGGAGAAUGGGACAAUACGCAAACCAUGUGACCAGGAUAAUUGGACAACGCGCAAACCAUGUGACGAGGAGAAUGGGACAACACGCACACCAUGUGACCAGGAUAAUUGUACAACGCGCAAACCAUGUUACCAGGAGAAUGGGACAAUACGCAAACCAUGUGACCAGGAUAAUUGGACAACGCGCAAACCAUGUGACCAGGAGAAAGGGAUAAUACGCAAACCAUGUGACCAGGAUAAUUGGACAACGCGCAAACCAUGUGACCAGGAGAAUGGGACAAUACGCAAACCAUGUGACCAGGAUAAUUGGACAACGCGCAACCAUGAUAAUGGGACAACACGCACACCAUGUGACCAGGAUAAUGGGACAACACGCACACCAUAUGACCAGGAUAAUGGGACAACACGCACAACAUGUGACCAGGAUAAUGGGACAAUACGCACACCAUGUAACCAGGAUAAUGGGACAAUACGCAAACCAUGUGGCCAGGAUAAUGGAACCAUGUGCCCAGGAGAAUGGGACAAUACGCAAACCAUGUGA